AUGAGUUUCGGAGACACCACGAGGAAGUACUGGAUCGUGCCCUCAGCGACUCUUGGCCCCGAGGAAUUGGUCCUCGGAACUGUCCUGAGGAAGCCAAACAACGUGAUCGAUACUCUGAACCGCCAUGCUGUCGAGCCCAUAGAGAUCGCCCACAUCAUCCAUGAGAAGGAGCAGGUGAAGAAGAGCAUCGGCAACGCCUUCGAGGUGGGAUUCGGCGCCGAGCUUGGGGCUUCCUCGGCCCUGGCAGCCAUCAUAGGAGGGGCUCCAACAAUAGAGGGAAAUUGGAAGAGUGGGAUUUCCAACUCCAUUGAAGCGACCCAGAUCCGGGCUACGCAUUUCUCGCCCACGGCAGAUUACGUGAACAGGGCACUACAGACACCAGAGAUCAAGGCCUAUGUGCGCCAGUCCUUCUUCACCACACCUAUUUAUAUGGUCGUUGGCGUAGCGGUCGCGAGCUCCAUCGAGAGAGAGUUCACUAGGUCCAAUAGUAAGGACGGAAAGGUUGGGGCGGACGUUGGUAUCGCGGGUACUGGCUUGGAUGUCUCAGCUUCUGCGUCUGCAAAUCGAGGGUCAGAGCAGAAGUACGGUGAUAAGGUGGAGGGGGAUGUCGUUCUGGCGUAUCGAGCUCGCCGGUUCAGGUAUUCGAGGAGGAAAGAGGUCUUUGUAAGGAAUAGUGAAGAUGAAAGCAAGCAUGGCAAGUAUAGCACGGAUCAAGACGAGGAUGAGAACAAGGAUGACGACGAUGACGACGACGACGAGGAUGAUGAGAACGAGUUUGCCGUGUUUUCUUACUUCGAGGCAAAUGAUGUCUCGGCUACAGAGGCUGGUGCGGCCGGUUUUGAAGAGGACAAUGAGAGCGAAUAG